AUCACAUCAGUCAGACAUCACACAUUGUGUGAGAUGGUGUGAAGUACUCUUUGGUGUAAAGCAUGGUAUAAGAUUAUAAUGAAUCCUAAAAGUCCCGAAGCUAGAAAUAGGGAUGACAAACCCUUCGAAGGAUUAAUUAUAGAUGAUACUCAAGUUCUCAAUGCGUUAGUUGCUCGUAGCCCAUGUCCACGGUGUGGGAAGUCACGAAUGUAUUUUUGCUAUACAUGUUUUGUUCCAGUCUCGCCUCUCGAAGGACAUCUUCCUCAAUGCAGAUUGCCAAUUAAAGUUGAUAUAAUCAAGCACCGGCGGGAAAUUGAUGGUAAAAGUACAGCAGCACAUGCGGCAGUCCUUGCUCCGGAAGAUGUUAAAAUUUACACAUAUCCAGAUGUGCCAGAGUAUAAAAAUGAUGGCCGAACUGUUUUAUUGUAUCCAGGUACCAAUUCAAGAACAGUAAGAGAAUUGUUUACUGGUAAACAAAGCAAUAUAUCCUAUGCAGAGAACAGACUUGCCGAACUACCUCCUGGAUAUAAUGUAGGAACAUUGAUGACCAAAAUAUUCCCUAAAAACAGUUCUGUUGAAAUAUAUCAUGUAAAUGAGCUCCCUAUUGACCAGGUAGUGUUAAUAGAUAGUACAUGGAACCAAAGUAGAGGAAUAUAUGCAGAUGAAAAAUUGCAACAGCUACCGAAGAUAGUGCUACAAAACAGGGUAUCCCAAUUCUGGCGUCAUCAGAAAGGUAGUCCUCGAUGGUACCUUUCAACUGUGGAAGCCUUACAUGAACUAAUGAUUGAGCUACAUUUAUGUGCGUGGGGCCGCAGCAACAACUAUACAUCUCCUCUGACUUUACAUUAUCCAGUACACUUUGAAAAUCAUCCACACUGUAAACCAUACAUAGGAGAAUAUGAUAAUUUGUUAUAUUUUUUCAAAUACAUGUAUGAAAAGUUACAUGCACUGUAUAAACAUGAGGAUUUGCUGGCAUAUAAGAGGCCAAUGUCAUAAAACUGUGUUUUAUUUAUGUAAAUGAAAUUCAGUAGAGAAUUUAUAAUAAAUUUUAAUUAUGAAGGAAAUUAACACUACAUUAUCAAUAAAAGUUAAUUACUAUAAAUUGAUAAAUACUAUCAUAUUCACGGAAUUACAAGGAUAUUAUGAAACUUGUAGUCCUGCCUAACUUGGAAUUCAUGUUUUUACAAAGUUCUGGAUAAGCCACUACUUUCACAUGCUUUACAACUAAGAGCCAAUACAUGUUUAUACAUUUUCUCAGUU